AUGGUCAAGGGAAGUAAAUUGCUGGCCGCGCUGGACCGCGAAAAGGGCGUCGACCACAAGCUCGAACGCCAAAAGAAGCAGCAAAAAGCCGCCGAGAAGAGAAAGAGAUCAAGGGCCGAGGAUCAGGACGACGAGGCGCUUCUCGAGGAUGCGAUAAAGGAGGCUGAAAAGACCGUGUUGGGCGAUGCUGGCGCAAAGAAGGACAAGAAGGGCGCCAAGCGCGCAAAGGUCGAGCAAGAGGAGGAGCAGGAUGAGGAGUGGGAGACUGAUGAUGAGGACAAGACGCAUGCUGUAUGUUUUCUCUCUGGGCAGCUAUGGUGUUCACGUUNNGCGCAUGACAUGUAUGCUGACUUUUUGUUGCAGAAAAACAUUGCAAGACUAGUCGAGGACGACUCCGAGGACGAGUCUGACUCUGAAGACGACAUCAACGGAGGCGCCGAGCUAGACGAUUCCGAAGACGACGAGGACGACGAGGAAGACGAAGACAUUGCGCUCUCAGACCUGGAAUCCGUGGCUUCAGAAGACAAGGGCGACAUCAUCCCACACCAACGCCUCACCAUCAACAACACAGCCGCCCUGCUGCGCGCCGUAAAGUCCUUUGCCCUCUCCUCCAAGCUCCCCUUCUCCGAGAACCAAGUCAUUAUCAGCGACGCCCCCACCGACAUCCCCGACAUUGACGACGACCUCAACCGCGAACUCGCCUUUUACAAGCAAUCUCUGGAUGCCGUGACCAAAGCCCGCGGCCUGCUCAAGAAGGAAGGCGUACCUUUCUCCCGUCCGGCAGACUACUUUGCCGAGAUGGUAAAGAGCGACGAGCACAUGGGCAAGAUCAAGAGCAAAUUGAUCGACGAGGCGGCGAGCAAANAGGCCUCUGCCGAAGCGCGAAGACAGAGAGAUCUCAAAAAGUUCGGCAAGCAGGUCCAGGUCGCAAAGCUGCAGGAGAGAAGUCGCGAGAAGAAGGACACCAUGGACAAGAUCCAGCUUCUCAAGAGAAGUAAGUUUUUUUCUCUACACUUUCUCUUUUCCCCAUCUCAUAUCCACCAAAUGCUGACCACAAUAUACAGAGNNCGCAAGGGCGAAGACAUUGGCAACGCAAACGAAGACGACAUGUUCGACGUCGCCCUCGAAGACGCCGCCGAGACGGAAAAGAAAGACAAGGCCGCCCGCAAGGCCGGUGGUGCCGGCGGCGCCUCUGACCGCAGCAAGAACAACUUCAAGCGCGUCAAGCGCGACGAAAAGUAUGGCUUUGGCGGCAAGAAGCGCUUCUCCAAGAGCAACGAUGCAAAGUCGUCGUCCGACAUGAGCGGCUACUCGUCAAAGAAGAUGAAGGGUGGAAAGAAGGCUCAAAGACCUGGCAAGAGCAGACGUGCAAACAAGGCUUAA